UUUUCAGCUUUUAGCUUUUAGCUUCCUGUUAGCUUUCCAUCCCUGCUUCCAUGCGCAGCACGAAGGCGACGUUUCGUUCUGACUAGCGACUAUCACUUCUGUGCCUUCCCGCGUAAAAACAGAACCUUGAGGAACUCUAUUUUCUUUAAAAACCAGUUCUUUGGCAAAAAUAAUCAUAGUACAUACCUGUCUGCUGUUAAUGGGGUAACUCGAAGAGUUGUUUAUAUUUAGAAAAAGAAGAAUUCCAAGUUAGAACUCUUACAAUGUACCUAAACACGAGGUAGCUAAUAAGACUAUAAUAUGCAUGUACAUAUAACCGUUUAUCUUUCUUUUUGUUUUUCGUUUUUGGGCAUCAAGUCCACAAAAAUAAUAAGUAGUAACUUAGCACUUACUUAUUUGUACAUUGUGUGUUAACUUUAAUUAUAACCUAGGGUGCUGAAAUUUUUCUUGUGAUUACUUUACGCGAUAAUUCGAUAAGCUUAACUCUGUGCAGUGCAUUCCUCAGAUGGUUACUGACUUUAGCGGGUAGUGAAGUUUAGAUAAUUACCUAAGUAUACGUAUAAAGCUCUGCUCAACAUCGUUUGCAUCAGUUUUAUUAUGCACUUUUGUGAGAUGCACAUAUUUUCGAAUAAUAGUUAAUUAAUUGAUUUAACCAUGACAUCGAAUAUUUUGUUAUUUUUUAAUUUAUUGACAUUUUUUGUGACUUUUGCUAAUUGCGUGAUCCUUCAUACAAAACAAGGAUCCUUGAAAGGUUUCGUUUCCCGGAGCAGAAAUGGACGACCUUUUUAUUCAUUUUAUAACAUCCCCUACGCUGAACCUCCUGUAGGAGAUUUACGAUUCAAGGACCCAGUUCCAGCGAAAUCAUGGCAAGGUGUACGAGAUGCCACAGUUGAAUCUCCUAUUUGUCUAGGUUCACUCUAUGGUCAAGUAUCUGGCCAAGAAGAUUGCCUCUACUUAAAUGUUUACAAGCCAAAAACAUCAAACGAAACCUUAUUGCCUGUGAUGGUUUUCAUCUAUGGAGGUCAUUUCAUGUGUUGCAAUGCUCGAACAGGUCGAUAUGGAGCGAAUUAUUUCAUGGACAGAGAUGUCAUAUUGAUAACUUUCCAUUACAGAUUAGGAAUUUUGGGUUUUCUAAGCACCGAAGACGAAGUAAUACCGGGAAAUUAUGGUUUGAAAGAUGGAAUAGCAGUACUUCAAUGGGUUCAAAAAUAUAUCGAGGAUUUUGGCGGCGAUAAGAACAGAGUAACUUUAUUUGGAGCCAGCUCUGGAGCAAUUAGCGCAUCGCUAACGCUGAUAUCACCUCUGGCCAAAGGUCUGUUUCAUGGUCUCAUAACUCAAAGUGGACAACCUUUCGAUUUGGAGAAGCCUGGUGUACAUAGAUUAAAUGCUUGGAGACUCGCCUCAUCAGUUGGCUGCAGUGGAGACGACAUAAAGGCUACAGGAAAACUAUUACGCUGCUUGAGGAAUAUUCCAGCUGAAGAAUUGGCCAAGUAUACCGAAACUUACAGCGUUGGAGUAAUCCUGCCUGCUUUCCCUUGGGGUCCGGUUAUUGAAAAUGAGAAAGUUCCCGGAGCUUUUCUAGUCGACGAACCGGGAAAAUUACUUGCACGAAAAUCAAAUAUUCCUUGGAUAAUGGGCAUGAAUUCCAACGACGGGGGCAUGAUUGCGAUAUUUCUCUAUUACGAUCCAUCUUGGUAUGAAUCUUUGUCACAUGAAUUUGAUACCAAUUACAGAAAACAUUUUCCGGAAAUUUUUCGAUACAUACACCACGUCAGCGCUGAAAAACUCGAUAAUGUUACGGAAAUGUACAAAAAACAUUAUUUCGGCGACCAAAAAAUCAGCGAAAAUAUUCAAGGAUUUUCAAAGAUGUUUACCACGUUGAUUUACGCAACCGGAAUUAGAGAAAGUGUGAAAUUAUACAAAGGCCCGAAAUACGUUUACUAUUACGAUCAUAGAAAUAAAGAAUCAUUCGCAAAAAAGUACGCAAAUUCUAAUCUGGACAUUGAUAUUGGUGUUAUCCACGGAGAUGAACUUAUAAGUUUUUAUAACUGGUCUUCUGAGAUAACGCCAGUCACCGAAGGAGUAGAUUUGAUAGUUUCCCAACAAAUGGUGGAUUUAUGGACAAAUUUUGCCGCAACAGGGGACCCGAAUUAUCAAGACAGAACAAUUUGGAAACCGGUAGAUUCGUCGUCGAUAAAUUAUUUACAUAUAAGAAAUGGCGAAUUUGAAAUGAAAAACGAGUUCCUGAAAACCGAAUUUGAUUUCUUAGACAGCGUUCCAGUCGAUGGAUAUUUUUAAACCAUUUUUUAUAGUUUUUGUUUUUGUUAUUGUUGUUUAUAUCUACCUAUGCAUAUUGCAUAAUGAUAAGACAAAACAAAAUUAACAUUCCUUCAAUCGUUUUUUCACAUUUAAAAAAAUUUUUGGUAGGCGGUGAUUUCUGGGUAAAACUUCAUCUUUGGUGCUUACAAAGAAACCAUGUGAAGUACUACGUAGUUAUCAUGGCUCCAAUUUGAACUAUUUUUAUUGGAUGUUUUCGCCAGAAUUGCAGAAAAGUGUCUUUUAUUUUUUGUUGGGGGUCAAACUUCCCAGAAAGUUUUAUUUUUUUGCCAAAAUUGAUGAGAAAAACUUUUUUGUUUUGAAAUUUCCAAAAAGUCCUGCUUUUUGUCAUUAUCAAAAUUACAAAUAAUUCCUGAGUACCUACUUUUUUUUGCCAAAAUUGCGAAAAAUCCCAACUGUUUUAAAAAGACCCAUCUUUCAUCGAAAUUGUCGAAAAAACUGGGGUUUUGUCGUCCGAAUUGCUAGAAGGCCUAGUUUUUUGCUCAAAUUUCAAAAAGAUCUGUUCAUUUUUUUCUCAUCAAAAUUUUUCUAUGAGUCUCAACUUUUUGUUUGCCAAAAUUACAAAAGAAAUUCCUUUUUUAUUAAAAUUGCAGAGAAGGCUCAUUUUUUGAAAAAAAUACCAAACAAAUCUGUUUUGUUACUAAAAUUAAUUUUUUUUAGAGAAAAUUCAUUCGGGGGGGGGGGUGGGUGGUCAUUCAGGGAAUAUUAAAUCGGGAAAUAUGAUUCGAGGAUUCACUAGUCAGGAAAAAAACGUACCGGAAAAACUUGUAAAGAGGCGAAGUGUAAUAAGGGAGAUAGGUAAUUUAGUUGAUAAUAAUUCUUUAAUGGAGUUGGACAGAAAUAUUUUCCUAAGGGGUGAGAAAUUGCCUAUGCCUGGUUGCAUAUCUCUAUGCAACCUAUAUUACACUCUACUCAAUACAUACUAAAAUCAUAUUCGUAACUAGUGAAUAAUUACGAAACAACCAUUUUAAAUUAUUUAUUGAUGAAACAAAUACCAAUAAAAUAACCUAAUUAAUUGAGCAAAUAAGAAAACAUUAAUUAUCGUAAGGAUAAUUAAUGAAAUUACCAUAAACAGGUGAAUAGACCUAAUUUUACGUUAUGUAUAUUAAGCUUGCAUCUCAGGACGAAUCCUGGUCUAACGAUGGUUACAUGAGUGAAAUUAGAAUAAGCUAUUCCUUAAUUUCUAAUUUAUUCGUUGCUCAAUGUAGUUAGGUGCAAAUGCUCCCAUACAUUAAGUCAUUUCUAUUAUUUAAUUACGAUAUAGUUAUAAUUAAAUAAUGAUCGUUUGGAGUGUGUUUCAACACUUACCCAACUGUUCACGUUAAUCAUCUCUUCGGGGGCUCACCAAUACUAGGCCCAGCGAUGAUUAUGCUUUAAAGUUGUACAUAUUCCGCAAGUAUACUCUCCCAUGGUCGACAAAUGGGAGGUCUACCAAGAUUCCGAAUAAUCGCGACGUUCGAUUCGAAACAUACCGCGAAUACCGUUAAAAUACACAAUUUUAUCCGAACAAGCGGGUAAUUCUUAAAUUAUAAAAAAUGCAAGGAGCCACGAGGGCUAAAAUCACCAAAACGUUGACUACAUUACGGAGAGCUCGAGAUCUCGUAAAGAAGUGAAGAAGAUGUUCUUCGCAAUCCUGGUCCAGACCCAGGAUCGCGGUAUUUUACAAGUAACCUUGUGUCUUGACCUACAAACUGGUUAUUCUGAUAAUAACCACCCUAGAGCGGAUUACACUAGAACUACCAUAGGCAGUUAAGGCAUGUCUGCUCAUCACAAACUUAUUAACGUGAAUUCGAGAGAAUUGUUCCAGAAUCGCCAGGAAUAGCCCAUAAUUUUCUGCAAAAAGAGUAAUUAAUCUUCUGAAACUCGGCGAACAUUUUCAAAAAAUGUUCACAGACUUCAGUUCCUCAUUUUCUAAAAAUUCACGUGGAUGUGGGUUUUUAAGAUUGAGGGGGGGGGGGGUGGUGGUGAGAACGUAUAUCUAAAAUUUUCAAGACCCUGAUCCACGUUACGUAGAAUUUUAAGACACAUGACUUCAGAAAGGAAAAAAAUCCCGCAAAGUUCCGGAUAUUUAAUUUUUAAGUACCUAAAUGUCUGGUUUAUUAGGUACUUGGAACCUACUUUUUUCAACUUUUAGAAAUUUGGAAAAAAUUGAGACGAUUUCUUACAUUAUGUCAGACUUUUGAAAACUUCGAAAAAAAUAGCCAAUCUUUUAAAUUUUUACGUAGACUUCUCGACGUCAAGCCUGAGGUUAAAGAACUCAUGCAUAAGAAAAAAUUAACAUGUCCACGACUUGAAACUUUCUUUGCAGAGCAGACUUCACUUUUAUUUUAUUUUUUUUUAGAGUUUCGGCAAUUACAUACUUUGUAAUAACGGCUACUGAAUUGCCGAAACAGCAAGCAUUAUUAUCUAUGGCGAUAAAAAUUUUCUUAUCAUAACCUCAUGCGAUAGUUCAAUAAGAUUGCAAUUGACUUUGGCGAGUUGUAGAAUUUAGAUACCAUUAUUACCUACUUAUUGUAUAAAGUUCUGAUAAACAUUGCUUUUCUUAUGAACUUUUGUGUAAUGUACAUACAUAUUUUCGAAUAAUAGUUCAUUAAUUAAUUUAAAUACGAGUAUGACAUCGAAUAUUUUAUUAUUUUCUAAUUUAUUGUUUUUUUUUGUGACUUUUGCCAAUUGUGUGGUUCUUCAUACAAAACAAGGGUCCCUGAAAGGUCUCGUUUCCCCGAGCAGAAAUGGCCGACCUUUUUAUUCAUUUUAUAGCAUCCCCUACGCCUACGCUGAACCUCCUGUAGGAGACUUACGAUUCAAGGUAAGAUUUUAGUAUUUUCUCACAGGGAAGUUAUCCAUACUGGCAGAAAAAAUGUUGAAAUGGAUGAAGCUAUAAAUCAACUAGACAGCUAAGCUUUCUACAAAGUGUGCGUAGCUAGCUGCCUUUUCUGCAGCUAUAACCGUUAUUACAUCUAGGUAGUGCAUAAAUGAAUCAACCAUGUCAAAGUAAUGAAAAUUUUUGAAACUCUCACUGCUUCAAAAUAAUAAUUGUUUUUCAGUGUUUUCAUAAUUUCCAAAUUACAAUAGGUAUUUCAGAAUAAUUUUUAAGCUUGUAUUGCUUCUAAAUUAAGAAAUUUCUAGUUGUUUUUCAUAGUUUGCAUUGUUUUAAAAUUUACAAAAUUUCAAAUCAAUUUCCCGAAUUUCCCGAAUUCCCCAUCGCUACAAUUUCAUAAAGCUUUCAAUCAAUUUUCAGAAUUUUGCAUUGCUGCUGAGUUAGGAAAUUUGCAAUCAAUUUUUAGAAUUCACAUUGCCUCUAAAUAGUCAAAUUUUGAAUACCUAAUUUUUCAGAAUUCUUAUUGUCUUUAAAUUAAAAAAUUUCAAAUUCAAUUUUCAAGUUCAUAUUGUCCACAAAUUGUAAAACGUUUACUCAAUUUUUGGAAUUUACAUUGCCUCCAAUUUUUCAGAAUUCUCAUCUUCUUCAUAAAUAUUACAAUACUUAUUUCAUAUAAUUUUCAAGUUCACAUUAUCUGCAACUUACAGAACUUUUAAUCAAUUUUUGGAAUUCUCAGCGUCUCUAAAUACAAAUUUUCAUAUUAUUUUUUUUAGAAUUUCCAUUGUCUUCAAAUUUAUAAAUUUUCAAACCAAUUUUCAGAACUUGCUUUUUAUUCUAAAUUAAGAAUUAAAUCUUAUAAAAUAUGUUAAGAAUUUGAAUUGCCUCUAAAUUACACGAAAAAAAAUAUGGGUAAUUUUUACAAAAAAAUUCAACUAAAUACUGGUAGGUAUUUAGCACAAUCAAGUACCAGAUCCCAUUCAAUAAUUUUUACUAUAAAUCAUAUAGUAAAAAUUAUCAUUUUAAUAAAUUUUGCUAUAGGUACCAAUAGUAAAAAUCAUUUUGUUUUAAUAAUUUUUACUAAAUCAUGAUAAUAAAAAUUACAUGUUUCAAUUGUACAAAAAUUAGUUUAUUUACUCAUUUUGAAGUAAUUUUUAAAUUAUAAGUAAAAAGUUAAAAAUUAUUCAUGUCAAGGUAAAGACAAAAGCUGGGCAAAAAAAUUAACCUUUUGGCAACCUUUUGGGAAAAGAAAAGCGGGAAAGCAACAGGCAAGGUGGAGAGAUAGUAUCUCUAACAUGCUGAGAAACAGCCUCUUUCAUAGGGUCGCGCAAGACAGGCUUGAAUGGGAAAGACUGGGAAAGCCUUCGUCCUUUUAUAAGGACCUCAAUGUGUAAUAGUAUAUUACAACACAGUAGACGAAAGUGAAUGAUUUCUUGUCGAGUGUGAAGAUUGGCGGAACGAGCCGAAGGCGAGUGGAGCCAACGCACGAAACAAGAAUUCAUUCACUUUUGACUACUAUCUUGUAAGAUAUUUUUCAUUAUAAAUGCUACGAAAAAAUAUAGCAUUUUACUCCUGUUUACACACCGCGAAAAUUUUUUCCUACUGUGAUUGAAAAAAUUUCUCUUUCCAUCCCUAGGGCUGGAAAAGAAACUCUUUUCCAUCACACUGUGACGGAAAAGAAUUUACAUUGACUAUAUGUUCUAAAUUCUUUUCCGUCACAGUGUGAUGGAAAAGAAUUCUUUUCCAUCACACUGUGACGGAAAAGAAUUCACAUUGACUAAUAUAUUGUAAAUUCUUUUCCAUCACAGUGUGACGGAAAAGAAUUUCUUUUCCAUCCCUAGGGAUGGAAAGAGGAAUUUUUUCAAUCAUAGUAGGAAAAAGUGUAUUUUCGCAGUGUGUAAACGGGGGUAAAAUGCUACAUUUUCGUAGCAUGUAUAAUGAAAAUGGUGUUGCAUAUUAUGUAUUAGUUAUCUUUUAAUAUUAUGUAUUUAUACACGCAAUAAAGGCUUUUGAAUUGAA